GGACAGCUCUGUAAGCUGAGCCGUGUGGUCACAUGGCUCAGUGUGCUAGUUUUAUUUUUAACAUCCAAAAUCACUUGAUAUACCUUUCUACUUGGGCUUGCUCUUUCGCCCCCCAUUCUUGCCUUCUACUUAUCCCUAAUCACCUCACUUCAACCCAGCUGAGAAAAACCAAGAGAACAAGUGUCUUGGAUACAAUCACAGCGACUGUAUGAUCAAGAGACAAACUGGACAGUCUGCCGGAAUUAUGGGCAGGGCUCAGAAAGCCAGCCCUGGACAGCACAAGCACUGUGAGAAAUGUUUCAACCGGCAAUGCCAAGUCCCAAUCGAGCUCACCAUCUCCUGCUUAGUGAUCAACUGCCAUUCACGCUGUGGAGCUGCCUUUCAUAUGUGUAAACAGGAAGAACACCAACUCCUAUGUCCCCUAGAGCAGGUGUCAUGCCUCAACGCAGGUUAUGGCUGCCCUUUCUCCAUGGCCCGUUUUAAGCUGGCAAAGCACCUUCAAGUCUGUCCAGCCAGUGUUGUCCACUGCUCUAUGGAAUGGAAUCGCUGGCCAAAUAUAGACUCAGAAACCAUUCUACAUAAGAACAUUAUGAAGGAGCCACAUAAUGAGCAGUGUCUGGAUACAGCCCUAGCCCUCAGAGAUCAGAAGAUUCUUUUUAGGACUCUGAAAAUGGUGCAGCUGUUUCCAGAAUGGAGAGAAGAUGAUAAAAUGGAAGAACCAAUAGCUGGAGCUGCAGGUUUGGAAGAAGGAGCCGUUGGAGGAAUAGCAUGUGAUUCUAAAGAAGCUGAUGGCCAAGUUGCUGAGCUUACCCAACAGGAGCGUGAGGAUUUGGCAAAGGAUAAGAAGGGGAUAGAUCUAGUAAGUUACAAAGCCUGGGAGAACAUGUUUAGCAAAGAGCUUUCAGCACUGAAGGCAACAGACUUUUCAGCAAACUCAGAAAAAAAGGAAGGGGAUAGCUACAAGAAAACAGGACAGGAUCUUUGUGAUGGCAACCCCAAAGAGAAGACAAAGGAAGCAGCUAUUGUGGAAGAACCAAAAGAAAACAAAAAUAAUCAAGUGAAUACAGGUGCAGAAAAGACAGGUCUGGCUCCUUGGCAAGAUGGGAUCCUGGAGAGGUUGAAAAAAGAAGUUAACGCAGCGGAUUAUAACAUGUACCUGGUGCAUCAUGGGAGAAUGCUCAUCCAUUUUGGUCAGCUAGCUGCUUGCACACCAAGAGAGAAAGACUUUGUGUAUGGGAACUUGGAGGCUCACGAGGUGAAGACUGUGUGCACCUUUAAAGUGCCGGUUAGCUAUCGUGGCAAAAGAGCACGAGUUGGAGAUGCCUUGGCAUACAAGAUAGCAACGAUGGAUAAGUCAGUGGAUACUUCAGAUUUGCAAAUAAGCCUUGAGGAAUUUCCUAAAUCAGAUACAGCCAGAAGUACACUAUUGUGUGCAUUGGAAAAGGAACUGAAAGGUCAUGAGAUCUCCGAAGCAAAGAAUAUUGAUGGACUGUUCAUGGAUUUUGGGACACAAACAUACAACUUUCAGGUGGAACCCUUCUCCUCUAGAGCUGUUCUAGCAGAUGUUCUGGAUAUAAAAAGCCCACCAGAACUCCAUGUAGAGCUUCAUACUGAGUGUGUUACUAGAAGACAUAACAAAAGCUGCUCAGCCUUCACAUUCACUUGCAAUCACUUCUUCAGGAGGGAUGAGUUUCCUUCACAUUUCAAGAAUGUUCAUGCUGAUAUCCAGUUCUGUCUAAAUGGAUGGUUCCAACAUCGUUGUCCACUUGCUUACUUGGGAUGUACUUUUGUUCAAAACCGCUUCUACCCUGCUAGUCGUAAAGAAAAGAUUAUCUAUAGCCAGCAUCUUGAUACAUUUGCUAUUAAACCAGAAGUUGAUCCUGUGCUCUCUGAAAUACAGAAAUGCAAUUUUACAACAAGUAAUCAAGGAAAAAAUGAAGAAUCCCUGAGCAGCCUUCCAUUGGAACUUUUACAGUAUAUUGCUGGGUUCUUGGACAGCUUCAGCUUGUCUCAGCUGUCCCAAGUGUCUGUACUGAUGAGGGAUAUCUGUGCCACUCUACUUCAAGAGAGAGGGAUGGUCCUCCUGCUGUGGGAGAAAAAAAGAUAUUCCCAUGGAGGUACUUCAUGGAGAGCUCGCAAAAAGAUCUGGCAGUUUAGCAACCUGUUCUCCCCCGUUAACAACUGGCAGUUCAGUGACGUUCCCUCCAUGUCUGAACACCUGAAGAUUUGUCCAUUCUAUGAUGUGGAGCACAAGAAGGAUCCAUUCUUGCUGGCCAGCAUGUGUGGACCCCGAAAGCGGGCUCAAGAUAGCUUGGUCUCAACCUUCAGGCAUGGAUCCUGAAUACAUCCUCCUAGCUUCCUCCCCCAGAUCUCUCAGAGGAGUAUUGGGAUCUGAGUUGUAGAGAUUAUUAUGUGGGGAUCCCAUAAGAAAAUUCCCUUUGGUAACA